AUUUGAUUUAUCCAGAAGUAGAGAUUCAACUUUCAUCUUUUCAUUAUAUUCCUGGAUGUAUAAUCUUCACAAACGUAUAAAGGAUCAUUAUGGCAAGUUUUGCUUGGACUCAGUGAGGAAACUAGAAGAUACCAGCAGGAAGAUCGCUGAUUUUCGGAACCAUCAACGCUUUAGCCUACGUUGUCUCAAGACUGGAAUCACACCUGUGAGUUUGCGUUUGAAAUCACCGAUCCAUGGUUUUAAGGCUGGCAAGAUCAUCGCCAACACAGAAAGGAAACUUCUCAACGAGCGUAUACGUCAAAUCAACUACAAGUUAGAUGGUCUUAAGGCGAAACAAAAGGAUCUCCAGGAUUUUCUUCGAUGUCGUUUGUCCAAUGAUGACUUCAACGAGGUACUGGAGUUUAUUUCUCGCGUACAAUUGAAUCAACACGAGAAGGUGAAAUCAAGACAGCAAAACAAAUUUGAACGUUUAUCCCAAAAAAGUUUCAAGAGCAGAGCGGAUAUUGACCCCAAUUGGAGACGUUCAGGACAGACAGUACAAGAUCAGACGGAUGAGAGGUGGGUCAAGAAUUUGAGCUCUUAUGAAUUGUCGGAUUCGGAGAAAUCUGUACUUUCCAAAGGCUUGAACUAUGCUAUUACGCCUAACAAACUUCCAGUUGUCGACAUCAUCACUGAAACAGAAUCAGCCAUACGCAGGGCUCAUUUGUCACAUCAAAAAGCUGAAGUUUUACGGACAAAAAUUGCAACUACCUUAAAGGUUUCUAAACUUCCGACCAGUAAUAUCACACGUGAGGAACAGAAAGCUAUUCAAGACCUUUCCAAGAAUACCGAUAUUGUGAUUCUCCCGGCAGAUAAAGGGAGAUGCACCGUUAUUUUAGACAAACAGCAGUACCAUACGAAAGUUCAAGACUUGUUGCAAGAUCAGGACACGUAUUUACUCUUAAAAAAGGACCCGACUCCCAGCUACAGAACUAGAAUUAAUGCAGCUUUGAAGAAUCUUGAGAACGCUAAGGUCAUUGAUAGAUUGACGUAUCUAAAGUUGUAUCCCAAAGGACAACAACCGCCAGCGUUUUAUGGACUUCCCAAGAUUCACAAACUAGGCAUCCCCCUUCGUCCAAUCGUUUCAAGUAUACAAUCAGUGACUUACGAACUUGCUCGUUUCUUGGCUAAGAUCAUAGGACCUCUUGUUGGAAAAUCUGUUCAUCACGUUAAAAACAGCAAUGAUUUUGUUGACAAGAUCAAAGACGUCGUGGUCCAAGAGGAUGAGACGAUCAUCUCUUUUGAUGUAUGUUCGCUAUUUACAAGUAUACCUCCUAAAGGGGCUGUGGAUGUGGUGCGAGAGUUCCUACAAUCUGAUGAUAGCCUUCAAGAUAGAUGCAAACUAUCAGUGGAUCAGAUCUGUCAUCUUUUGGAACUUUGCCUAGAAUGUACGUAUUUCACCUAUGAUGGCAAAUUCUACAAACAACUACAUGGUUGUGCCAUGGGCUCGCCUGUCUCUCCAAUAGUAGCUAACCUUUACAUGGAGAAGUUUGAGGAAAAAGCUCUCAGCAGUUUCCCAGGCCCCCCUCCGGCUUUCUGGUACAGAUAUGUUGAUGAUACUUGCUGCAAACUAAAGAAAGAAGUGUCCGAUGAUUUUUUCCAACAUAUCAAUCAUGUUGACAGAUACAUUACGUUUACCAAGGAGAUGAGUCAUGAUAACACAUUACCUUUUCUGGAUGCCAAACUACGGGUAGAGAACGAUGGUCACAUCAACUUGUCAGUUUACCGCAAACCAACGCAUACAGAUCAAUAUCUCCAUUUUGAGUCUCACCACCCCCUGGAACAAAAACUCGGCGUCAUAAGAACUUUGUUCAACCGAGCAGAUACUAUUGUCACAUCUGUUGAAGAUAAAUCUAAAGAACAGGAGCAUCUUAGGACGGCAUUAUCGAAGUGUGGAUACAAGCCUUGGACUUUCAAUAAAGCUCUGAAACCCUCACAUGAAUCUAGGAAACCACCAAGGAAAUCACAGUUGGACCGCACAAAGACUGUUAACAUCACAAUACCUUACAUUCAAGGGGUUUCAGAAAAGAUAAGACGGAUCCUACAAAGUCAAGACAUCGCCACAAAUUUCAAACCCUACUCAACGUUGAAACAGAGACUUGUGCACCCAAAAGACAAACUCAACAAAAACAUCAAAUCUAAUGUCAUUUACAGACUGAAAUGUGAUGACACGCAGUGCAAGGAGACCUACAUCGGGGAGACAAGCCAACCACUAAAGGAAAGGUAUAAGCAACACUGCAGGGCCAGCACAAGCAAAUUUUCGUCAGCCAUUUGGCAUCAUCUUAACAUCCACAACGGACAUUCGUUUUCUUUAGAUACAACAGACAUUUUAGACAGAGAACCACGUUGGUUUGAAAGGGGGGUUAAGGAAGCCAUUUACGAGCGCAUUUAUCGUCCAUCUCUCAAUCGAAAGGGGGGGCUGAGAACUGACCUUUCCAGUGCUUGGAAUGAUGUUUUAAAGUAAAUGAUGGUUUCAUUGAUAUAUAGACACUUAUUAUCAUUAUAUCCCU